UGUUGCCCUUCAGAGGUGGUGCCGGAAGGAUCAGGGGCGAAGCCAACAUAGAGAAGGAGGCGAUUGUGAUCGCAGCUAAGGGAAGCAAAAGCACGUGGAGGGGCAUUCCUCAGCCUACUGGUACAUGUCAUUCUUCCAGCAAGCGGCGCCAGUUCCAAAAUGAAGAUUUGCUUAAUUGUGAAAGGAUGUUUUGUCUCAAACUCUAUAUGGUCCAAGAUAUACAAUCAUUUCUUGAAAAUCAUAUUACUUCCAUCCCAAAAAGCUUGUCUUAGAUUUGUAUAAAUGCGGAUGUUGGUUCCCUGCUCUAGUUCUUGUAAGCUGAAAAUCUGCGUUCUUUCUGCAGUAUCUUUGUUUGAAGAGAUUAACGGCUGGCAAAGACUAAGUCUCCUCUGGUGUGCAUCAAUCAAGGGUUACAUGUAGUUCUACUUAUGCCCAGCCCGGCAAGGCCACUGUGGUUGUCUUGAAAGAUUGUCCUCCCUCUGUAUUAGCAAUCUCUUAAAUAUGCGGGAUUUUUCAAAUCUGCGGGCAUGCUGCAGGAACUCCUCAUGAGAAGGUUUGCUGGACGAUCAGUUCCAGGAGCUGCAGAUGCUACAGGAAGGGAGCGCCCCAGACUUCAUCGUCAAGGUUGUCACACUCUUCUGCGAGGACGGCGAGCGUAUCAUCGGCGAGAUCGCCAAGCUGCUAGACAAGCCAUGUGUGGACUAUGACAAGGUGAGCGGUUUUGUGCUUGAGCUCAAGGGAAGCAGUGCAUGUAUUGGUGCUCAGAGAGUGAAGAACAGCUGCAUUCAGUUCCAUCAGUGUUGUCAGGAGAAGAGCAGAGAUGGGUGCCUGAACUCACUGGAUUCUGUGAGGAACGAUUUCUAUGAUGUGUGCAGCAUGUUCAUGCCACAUGCUUCAGCUGAGCCAGCAGGUCCAGGCCUUAAUCCUUAACUCUAGACUUGAGCGAUAAAGCUGGAGCUGCAUGUUCUGAUGGCACAACACCUUUGAAGUCCUAGAACAUGCUCAACCUAGCUUAUAUAGCUUGGAGUCAUUUGCUUAUGUGGGGUCUGUAGCUGUCUGGUGGCAAGCUAAUCAUCUACUAGUAUCGAUGUCUUUGUUAUCAUCCGUAGUUUCGUUUGGAAUUCUGAGUGGUCAAAUAAAAAAUUCAGCUGUAGCUGUUUUGUGGAUUAUUGGUGGUUAAUAUGGUGUCUUAGUUCUAGUCGGUUUGUUGUUCGUAGAAAUGCAGCUGCAGUGUAAUCUUUACAAUAUUGUGCCUCGUCGAUCGGUGUACCGACUGUUGUGGUACAUUGUGGAGAACAGAUUUGAUCUAUCUAUUUUAUUUCAUAUUAUUAAGACGAGGCAAACAAGU